AUGUCAUCAUUCCCAAAUCUCAACCCCACUUACUCACGGGACCUGACAUUCCACCAACAUCUAAUCAGCUACAUAUCCACCUCUCUAUCUACGGGUCAAUAUGCGAGGAUACCUUCAUUCUACGCACCUUCACCUAGGGACGUACAGCGGUUGAUCUCACUUUGGACAAUCCUCUAUGAUACUUAUAGGAUCGACAUCGAACGUCGAUUUAGGAGUAAUAGGCGAAUACCAAAUGAUCAUUUGGAGAGCACGUUGGAAGGGUUGAAAGUGCAUAGUCUAAAUUUGGAGAAUGAUCCCCACGUCAAUACAACAAUAUAUGAGCUCCGAACUCUCCUUACCGACCUCACCACUGCCGUUCAAUCUCUCCUACAUUCACCUCCAUUCAGACCCUUCGGUCAAGUAGAUGCUGAAGUCCUAGCUCUAGCUCAAUGGUUUAAGAACGAUUAUAUGAAAUGGGUAGAUCCCAUCCUCUGUCCAAAGUGUACCAGCCCAACUUCAGCGGAAGGUAUGGCUCAACCUACACCUCAAGAAAGAGCAGAUGGAGCAGGUAGAGUAGAGUUGCAUAAGUGUACCCAGCCAGGAUGCGGGGAAGUAAGACGAUUCUGUAGAUACGGGAAGAUCAAAGCGUUGAUGAGGAGCAGAGAAGGAAGGUGUGGUGAAUGGGCUCAGAUGUUUUAUUGUUUUUUGAGAGUUAAGGGUAUAGAAAGUAGGUAUAUCUGGAAUAGCGAAGAUCAUGUUUGGUGCGAAUAUUGGAGUCCUACUUUACAGCACUGGGUACAUGUUGAUUCGUGCGAAGCUGCUAUUAACAAACCAUUAUUGUAUGCCAGAGGAUGGGGCAAGAAACAGGCUUUCUGCUUAGCAUUCGGAAUCUACGGUGCUGAAGACGUCACUCGAGCGUAUGUGGAUGAUUGGGAAAGUUGUAAAGGUAGGAGAAGGGCAAAAGGGUGGAAAGAGCUGGAUCUGAGGAGGGCCCUAAACACCCACACUGUCUCACUCCGCCUUCGACUAGCCCACAGCGAAAGAAUAAGAUUGGAAGCGAUGGAUAACCUCCAAUCGCUCUGGAUGGCGGAUGAGCGAGGUCGAUUGGCUGAAAGUGAAAAGAUGGAGCUGGGAGGUAGGAUCAGUGGGCCAGAGGAUUGGAGAGCGAUGAGGGAUGAAUUGGGAUUGGGUAGUAAGCAUGUUGAGAUACCUAAAUAUACGGUCAUCAAUUCUCUAUCUCUUCAAAACGAUCAACUGAAGCAAUUUGGUAAUACUCGACUGAACAGCUCAAGCAUCCUAUUGACAGAUGGACCUUCCCAGACAUCUAUGGUCUUCAACCCUAAUUCCAUCAACCAGAAUGCAGGAUUUAGAUCAAAAGUCAGAUUUAAGUUGACUUCUGAUGGUAGUGGAGAGGCAGAUGGGAUAUGUUUGAUAUUCGUAUCGCAUUUACCUCAAUCACUAGGAUUAGGAGGUUAUGGAAUGGGUUAUGAUGGGUUGGGUGUACAAGGUGAUUUUGCAAUUGAAAUCGAUACUUAUCGUACUCAGGAUUACGCCAAUGAUCCUCCCACACCUCACAUAUCCAUCCAUUCUCCUCCCAAAGCCCAUCAUAGUUAUUCCCUUGGAUGUACAAAACCAGGUAGUAUACCUUUCCUGUCUGAUGGGAGAACAUACGAGUUGGAAAUUAUCUACAGCUCUCACGAGCAAGAAAGGAGAUUAAGAGGGUAUCUACACACUCCCGAUGGAGAUCUAUUGAAAGUCGUAAAUGUGAAAAUACCUGAACGAUCUCAGGGGAGUGAAGAGGAUAAGUGGUACCUUGGGAUAUCAGGUGCAUGUGGUGGAUUAUGGCAGAGGCAAGAGAUAUUGGACUGGGAAGUUGAAAUAAUCCAGUUCGACCAAGAUGAGGAAGUAGGCCAUAAACAAAAAGAAGAGGAAGUGAAAUUGGAGAGGGAUAAGAUUUGA